UAACUUUUCUUAUCCUUUUAUUUAUCACAUUCUAAAGAACCACUCUUCUCUUUCCUUCUUCUUUUCUUUCUCUGUGGAGUUGUACUUCAAUCCCACAUUCCAAGAAAACAUUCCAGUGGUUGGAGUUUUUGCUCUAUUGAUUUGUUAUCUAAUGCCAACAUAAUGUAUGCAAAAUAAGUGAGGACUUAUGUCUCUCGUAUACCUUUAUAUGAAUUUAUAGUAGAAUAUUAACAUGUCUUGCCUAUUGCCUCAAUUCAAGUGCUUGCCUGAUACUUUUGCCCUUUGCUUCAAAACCUAUCAACACUCUGCCCCUCAACUUUUAAAAGGGAGAGAUCCUUCUCAAUUGCAGACUCAAUGCGUCUUAUCCACUACAUCAACAGUGGAAGCUACAGUGCUUGAUAUUGAGAAGCUACAAUUACCGUCUAUCGAACUUCUUUCAAAUUCAGCAACUGCCACAACCACAGUAGUAGAUAUACAGAAGCUAAAGUUGCAGUCAUUGGAGGCUCAUUCAGAUUCAGUUGCUCCAUGGAGAUACAGUGGAGGAGUUGCUCUUUCCACUGAGGCGAACACUAAAGCUGCUUUAGCUACUGAGGAUCUUCUUACGGGUGAAGAAGCUGUAAUAGCUGCUGCUGCCGCUGAAGCAGUUGCUUUGGCAAAAGCUGCAUUAAAGGUUGCAAAAGAUGCUGUCACGUUAGUCGGCCAUAACAACUCGGAUAACACUGUGGCAGGUACUCCGUCAACAGCUCACAACACAGUUGAGGAGCUAAAGGCAAGUGGGAUGAGAUGGAGUGAAAGGAAUUCAUCAGUUGAAGAGGUGGAACCAACAUAUGAAGAACUGGAACUUCUUCAAGCAGAGGUUUUAGAAGGUAUAGCUGUAAGAUCUAAGCGUCAAAGUGAACGCAAGGCUAGAAGAGCUAGAACAGCUGAGAGGGCUGCAGCCAAUGUUGUGUCAGUGAAGUCUGGUGGCUCCACAGGCCGAAAAAAGCGUGCUGCAGUACAAGAUGUUGAUUAUUCUGAUCCAUUGCGUUACUUGAGAGGAACAACAACUACUUCUAGGCUGCUCACUGCAUCUGAAGAACAUAAGUUAUCUGAAGGAAUACAGGACCUACUGAAGUUGGAAAGGCUUCAGGAUGAGCUUGCAGAGCGGUGUGGGGGGCAGCCUACUAUUGCGCAAUGGGCUGCUGCAGCUGGAGUUGACCAGAAGACCCUAAGGACACGUAUAAACUAUGGCAUUCUUUGUAAAGAUAAAAUGAUUAAGAGCAACAUAAGGCUUGUUAUAUCCAUCGCCAAAAAUUAUCAAGGGGCAGGAAUGAAUCUUCAAGAUUUGGUUCAGGAAGGAUGUCGGGGCCUUGUAAGGGGUGCUGAAAAGUUUGAUGCUUCAAAGGGUUUUAAGUUCUCAACAUAUGCUCAUUGGUGGAUUAAACAGGCUGUGAGGAAGUCUCUUUCUGAUCAGUCCAGGACAAUUCGGUUGCCAUUUCACAUGGUGGAGGCAACUUAUAGAGUUAAGGAAGCAAGAAAGCAAUUAUAUAGUAAAAAUGGUAGACAUCCUGACGAGGAGGAACUUGCUGAAGCAACAGGAUUGUCAAUGAAGAGACUCUCUGCUGUGAUGCUAACUCCUAAAGCUCCAAGAUCACUUGACCAGAAGAUUGGAUUCAACCAAAAUCUCAAACCUUCGGAAGUGAUUGCAGACCCUGAAGCCGAAACAUUAGAAGAGACGCUGAUCAAGCAGUUCAUGAGAGAGGACCUACAGAAGGUUUUAGACACCUUGAAUCCAAGGGAAAAGCAGGUUGUUCGAUGGCGAUUUGGACUGGAGGAUGGAAGGAUGAAGACAUUGCAAGAGAUAGGAGAAUUAAUGGGCGUCAGCCGGGAGAGAAUCAGGCAAAUCGAGUCCAGUGCGUUCCGUAAGUUGAAGAACAAGAAAAGAACGAGACAUUUGCAGCAAUAUGUAACUGCCUGAAGUCUCCACAGUUAGAAUUCACUUUCUAGCUCAUUGAGUCUUUAAUUGUUUGAUAGGGAAAUUCAGGCUCAGAUAAAAGUCGGUUCUUCUGUUGUUUUAGCUAUUCUUUUUUUGUUCAGAACAUUGCAAACGUUUUUGUGCAUAAUACAAAAUUUUGGCUCACAUUAUUGAAA